AUGGUCGUGGGCAAAGUUCGGGCGCUGGCUGUCUGCUUCGACACGUUGAACGACAGCAACGCGCCGGUCUUCUCCGGCGGAGAGCUGGUGUCCGGCCGCGUUCUGGUGGACGUGGCCGGCGACGUGCGGGUCCGCAGCUUGGCCGUGACUGCGCGCGGGGUAGCCAAGGUCCGCUGGACCGAGUCCCGCAACGCCGCCGCCAGCACUGCCUACACGCAGAACUACACCGAGGAGGUGGAGUACCUGCACCACCGGGAUGUCCUCAUCGGGAAUGAGGAGGACGCGGCGGCGGACGAAGGCAGCGUGACCAUCCUGCACGCCGGCCUGCACGAGUUGGCCUUCAGCUUCCAGCUGCCGCAGAUGGCGCUGGCCACGUCGUUCGAGGGCAAACACGGCAGCGUGAGGUACUGGGUGAAGGCGGAGCUUCGCCGCCCGUGGAUGCUCCCCGUCAAGGUCAAGAAGGAGUUUGUCGUCUUCGAGCACAUCGACAUCAACACGCCCCUGCUGCUGGCUCCUCAAGCCGGCAGCAAAGAGAAGACCUUAUGCUGCUGGUUGUGUGCGUCGGGUCCCAUCUCGCUCAGCGCCAAGGUGGCCCGCAAAGGCUACACGCCAGGCGACUCCAUCCAGAUCUUCGCCGAGGUGGAGAACUGCUCCACCCGCGUGGUGGUACCCAAGGCGGCUCUGUACCAGACCCAGACCUUCUUCGCCAAAGGCAAGGGCAAAGAGAUCCGGCAGCUGGUGUCCAACCUGAGGGGCGAGGCCCUGGCUCAGGGCAAGAGUCAGAGCUGGGAGGGCCGCGUGCUCAAAAUCCCACCCGUGUCGCCGUCCAUCCUCGACUGCCCCAUCAUACGCGUCGAAUACGCCCUCGUGGUGUACGUGGACGUUCCGGGCGGACUGAACUUGUCGCUAUCACUGCCGUUGGUAAUUGGGACCAUCCCCCUGCACAACGCCACUUCUCGUACUUCCAGCAUCAGCAGCAGCGGCAGCGCCUCCACCUGGGCGGGAGUGGCAGAGCGGCCCGAGGCUCCGCCCAGCUACGACGAGCUGGCCAUCCCGGAGUCGAGGCGUCGCCACUUCCUGCACGGCGUCCCCGAACAGGAACACGCCAGCGCGGCGCUGCUGGCAUAUGUCACAGAGUUCCGAUACCUGCCGCCACCGCUCUACGCCGAGGCCCCCUACGAGAAGGCGUGGCGCAGUGUCUGUGGGAGUGACCCGUCAAUAUAA